UGAAAGUGUCUCUCGCACGUCUUUCCAGUGCCCGCCUCGGACCUCCUCUGUGACCAGGCGGCGUGGUGGCUCGCCCGGGAGGAUGUUCCUUUGGGCCGGUAGCAAAGGGGCACAGGCUUCGGGUCAUGAGAGAAGGACGAUUUACCAGAAGAUCCGGGGGUAUGAUAUUCUGGAUAAGAGGAGGACGGUGACUGCACAGAAAGCGGGGGAGGACCGGGCCAUUCUCCUCGGCCUGGCCAUGAUCCUCUGCUCCGUCAUGAUGUACUUUGUGCUGGGAAUCACUAUGCUGCGCUCUUAUUCUGACAGUGAGUGGACGGCGGAGUCCAGCUGCACUGUGCUGAACUCCAGCAUCACGGCGGAGGUGAACUGCACCUACAGCUGCGGCUCGGACUGCCGCCGGCCCGCCAGCUACCCCUGCCUGCAGGUGUUCGUCCGGCUGAACGCGUCCGGCAGGGUCCUGCGCCUGUCCCACAACGAGGAGGCCCAGGACAAGAGCCCCGAGUGUUUCUACGUGCCCCGGUGCCGGAGGGACUCCGUGGCGAUGCUGGGUGUCAUGCUCAACGUGUCGGAGUGGCUGAAGACGCAGCCGCGGCUGCUCUGCUUCUACGACCCCGGCGAGCGGCGGGACGCGGCGCUCCUCACGCGGCUGUACGGCCGCGGCGCCGUCUUCCACUCGCUCGUCUGGCCCUCCUGCACGCUGGGGGGCGGCGUCCUCAUCGUCGCCAUGGUCAAGCUCACGCAGUACCUGUCCAUCCUCUGCGAGCAGAUCGGCAAGAUCAAGAGGUGAGACGGGCGAGGGGCCGCACCUGCGCCAAGGUCAUCGCGUUCCAUCGCCAAAGAGCCGUACCGUCACUCAAACGCCCCCCCGCCCCCCCCAGCCCCCUCCCCCAGGAAGAAAGGGUGAGGUUUUUUUUUUGAUGUGGACGUUUAGUGCCACCCUCGGCCACACCAGCGAUGCCCUCCCUCCAGCCUCAGUGGGAUUGGCGGUAUUGGAGCUGUUGGUUCCAGCAGCCUGGUGGUACAGGAUUGGCGGUAUUGGAGCUGGUGGUACAGGAUUAGCGGUAAGGUUUUGAGUUCCAGGCAGCGCAGGAUUGUAAGCCCAUGGAUUCCUGGCGGCGGCCAUGCUGUGGUGGGGAGGGGGACACAGGGAAUGCGCGACCUGCCCUUGUGGAAUCAGCAGCGCUAAUCUGCGCUGGAGUACGGGAAGCCGGCGGGAUCAUCCCCGUACCGCUGCGGAGAAACCGGACUCUGGGUUAUGUUGGGCCCGUGGGGCUUUUCCCAGAAGUCCGGGUCUGGCGCUGGUGUCACGCCUUGUACAGGAGAGCGGCGGGCCUUAGCGGUGAGGUCCAGCGCGGAUGCGCCAGUGCUGAGUCAGCGGGGUAAAACUGAGCACGGCGCUUUGAGCCGCUGCUGACCUGGGGUCCCGCCGCUAAUGCGCUACAGCUGUUAGCACAGGAGAGCACGUCUGAUCCCAAAUCCCUCAUACGAGCCUGUCCUUCUCUGUGUGUUUGUGCUCUCUGAUACGAGCCUGUCCUUCUCCUCUGUGUGUUUGUGCUCUCUGAUACGAGCCUGUCCUUCUCCUCUGUGUGUUUAUGCUCUCUUAUACGAGCCUGUCCUUCUCCUCUGUGUGUUUGUGCUCUCUUAUACGAGCCUGUCCUUCUCCUCUGUGUGUUUGUGAUCUCUUAUACGAGCCUGUCCUUCUCCUCUGUGUUUGUGCUCUCUUAUACGAGCCUGUCCUUCUCUGUUCGUUUGUGCUCUCUGAUACGAGCCUGUCCUUCUCCUCUGUGUGUUUAUGCUCUCUUAUACGAGCCUGUCCUUCUCCUCUGUGUGUUUGUGCUCUCUUAUACGAGCCUGUCCUUCUCCUCUGUUUGUUUGUGCUCUCUGAAGCACAGGAAGUGUGUUCCCCAUCUCUCCAGCCCUGUCACAAUAAGAGCAUCAGGGAGAAAAUGGGGUAAAAUGUAAAUCUUCAGUUUUCUAGUAUUAUUAGCAUUUUAGCUACUAAUACCUUACAAUGCCAUACGAUGGUUAUCCUGUCCACUGAGCAUUUCUUCUUCAAACAGCCGUUUACAACAUAUGUAGCAUUUUUUACCAUCUGAGGCAUAUCUGAGCUGUUUAAAGUAUGAUAUUUAUAAUUAGCAAUUUGUUGCGUGGCACAAGGUUCACAAAUUCUGGGAGGACAUGCUAAUUUAUAGAUAAAUUAUGGAUCAUUGAACCUUAGCAUAAAAGUAUUAUAGAAAUAUUUUAACAGUGUAUUACAGCUCCAUGUGCCUGCAGUACGUGUGCAGUACCAGGAUUAUCUGUGAACUGAACUGUUUAACAAAAAUAGCUGCAGCAGGACUCUGAGUUCUGCUGCACUGUUUCACUGGCCAUGUGCUGUUUCUCUUAGACAGUUCGGACGAAGGCAGAGAUUUAUCAUGCUGUAGAAAACUUUCCAGUUCUGUAAUUGUAUCCCGAGCCUUAAUGUAAUUUUUUCCUCUGAUGGAUUUUGAAACAGAGUCUGGAUUCGGGCCCUGUGGGACUGGUGUGCUUCUGUUAUCAGAGCCAUUGUGCAGAACAACCUGCACAAUCAGGUGACAAACUGCAACAAACCUGUUAAAGCUCAGAGACAGUCAGUCAGUGGAACCUGUGUGUGUGCGUGUGUGUGUGUGUGUGUGUGUUACAGCUCAGAGACAUUCAGUCACUGGAACCUGUGUGUGUGCGUGUGUGUGUGUGUGUGUGUGCAUCAGUCUGAAAUAGAGAAACAGACACGCUUUUACCCACUUUUAAACCGCACUGUGGAGAGGGACAGUUGAGAGUGAAAUGCUCUUCAGCAGAAUAAACACUGAAAGGGGGAUAAGGAGAAGGAUGAGGAUGAGGAGAAGGAUGAGGAUGAGGAUGGGUAGGUGCUCCUUCGGACUGGUGACUUUAUCUUUGCUGGCUGAAGGCAGCCGCUUGGAGAAAUGGAGUAACGAUGGACUGACUUUCACGCCAUUAAACUGAACACUGGCAGUCCCAGGGCUGCUCUCUUACUGGGGAAUGUAGCUCCCCAUCAAAAUCCAUACUGUGAAUUAUUACUUUUAUACUGCUGAUGAGUGUAUGAUGACAUGAGAUGCACAAUAAAGGAGUUUGUAAUGAAA